UUUUUUUACUCUCUCAUAUAUAUACUCAACAAACUAUAAGCUCUUAAUUAUUUUUCUUCUAAAUUUUACACUAAACUAUAUAAUCACCUCUUUUUCUUUCUCUUUACCUCUAAAAAUCCAGUUUAAGCAUUAAUUUAACAAUUAUGUCCUCAGAAAACCUAAGAAUCAUAGUGGAAAAGAACCCAUCAGAAUCAAAACUCAGUGAAUUAAACAUCAAGUGCUGGCCAAAAUGGGGUUGCUCAGCAGGAAGAUAUCAGCUAAAGUUUGAUGCAGAAGAGACAUGUUAUUUGCUGAAAGGGAAGGUUAAAGCAUACCCGAAAGGCUCGUCGGAGUUUGUAGAGUUCGGCGCCGGAGAUCUCGUCGUCAUACCUAAAGGACUGAGCUGCACAUGGGAUGUAUCCGUCGCCGUUGAUAAAUACUACAAGUUUGAGUCAACUUCUUCUUCACCAUCUUCUUCUUCUUCUUCAUAGUAUAAGUAUAAGUAUAGUGAUGUUUUAUUAUUAUAUUAUAUUAUACAUAAAUAUACAUCAAAAUCAAUCUUGUUUGAUCGAACUAUUCUUUGGAAACUUGAUGGAAGUAGGUUAAAUUUUUUUUCUUUCUUUAAUUGUAUUUUAGGGUUCCAUUGUUAAGUUUUUAGUUUUUGUUUUUUUAAAGUUAAGAAUUGAAGGAUGAAAGUGAUUUCGUCAAAGAUAGGAAAACAAUUAGUCAAUUAAAUGUCAUAUUCAAACUUAUUAUAUUAAUACUUUUUAAGUCUUAAA